CACAACUUUCUCUGUUUGCCUGCCAAUCCUUCCUCUCCACCUUUUCCUUGUUCCUGAUAGCCAAGCAUCAUCAUCAAAAAUCAAAUAUUUCACAAUUUUUCCUUAUGAAUUGAGCCUUGAAUUUUACAACACUGAUAGUGAAAUCCUUCAAAUUCUUUGUGGGUAUUGAAGUUCAAUUUUGUUUGAUUUAUCGAGAUGGACGAGCAGAGAAGUUGCGAGUCGCAUAAUGAGUCAGAUCUGGCAGACUCUCUUGAAAAAGAUCUCUCUAUUAACGACUGUGGGUACCGACGUGCAUCUGAAAAUACUCUCGAAGGUGUAGCCUACCUAGAAGUGCGAAAUGCUAUACAAUGUCUAUUUACCAAUAUGUACACCUCCGCCUCCCCUCAGAAUAGGGAGGUACACAGUCAAAUGCUGGAAAGAAUUCUUCAACGCUUACUCUUCCUAGAGGAACUUCACCGCGAUAAAACAGAGGGUCUGAUUCACUCCAUCGGAUACUUUGGGUCGUUGGCAAACAACACGAAACUUGUUGUCGAAAUGUCAAAAGGGAAUGUCCAAAUAAUGAAUGACGUUCUUUAUUCUGCCGACUUUACGGAAUUCUCAGGCCGCUGUCUAGGGGACGACUUAGACCGUCUAGAGAUUAUGCAGAGGGGCUUGAACGCAAUCUCUGUGAUAUGUGCGGAUGCGCAGCAUCGGCUGCUGGAACGUUUCUUCGGAGUGUGAGG